AUGGAGGUGGCAGCUUCGCCCCCAUCUGCAACUAUGCCCUGCUCGUCAGCUGCACGGGUAGUGGUUCAAAAUUAUCAGCAUGCCCUGUCCAUGAUUUUUGCUAUUGAUGAGGUCAAUAAGAAUGCCAGAUUUCUACCCAAUGUCACUCUGGGAUAUAAAAUUUAUGACAAUCUUUUUGAUUCAAUGGGCACAUAUGAAACAAUUACGGACCUGCUCUUUACAGGGCAGAGGGAUGGAUUUAAUUAUGAUAGUGUUAGCAAAAAAGAUGCCUUAUCUGUCAUUGGAGGGCUCACUGAAGAAUAUGCCAUCCAGAUGGCCAAUGUCUUGAAUAUUUACAAGAUUCCACAGCUUACAUAUACUGCAUAUGAGACCACUCUCAAUAGUAAAGUACCUUUUCCUUCUUUGUACCGGAUGGCACCAAAAGAAACUACCUUGCACAUGGGGAUUGUCCAGCUACUCCUGUAUUUUAAUUGGAGAUGGAUUGGACUCAUUGUUUCAGACAAUGAUGAUGGAGAAAGAUUUGUUCAGAUCCUGACACCCAUGCUUGUCCAGAAUUUCAUUUGUGUUGCCUACUUGCACAGAGCUCGAUCACUAAAUAAUUAUUUUUUAAAUGACUACAUGAAAGAUGUUCCAAAGAUAAAUGCAACAAUUGUCUCAGCUGAAAUCAAUGUGAUUAUUGUCAGCGGGGAUUCUCAGUCUCUGUUUUCUUUAACAUUUGUCUUAGUAUUGAAUGAAUUUGAGACAAAGACACCACUAGGGAAGGUUUGGAUCACACCACCCCAGUGGGAUUUCACCCAGGCAAAAUCUCUUGCUGGCUUCUGUACAGAAACAUUCCAGGGUGCCUUGUCUUUUUCACUGCACACAAAUGAAGUGCCAGGAUUCCGGAACUUUCUUCAGACCUUAAAGUCUAAUGAAGCACUGAUGCAUUUCCUGUGUUUGUUCUGGCAAUUUGCUUUCAAGUGCCGUCUUCCUAAUGGAAACUUGGAAAAUUUUCAAGAAUGCACAGGAGAGGAGAGACUGGAGAACCUACCUGAGUCUUGGUUUGAGAUGGAUAUGACUGGUCAGAGCUACAGUAUCUACAAUGCUGUCUAUGCUGUAGCACAUGCAUUACAGGAAAUACAUUUGUCCAAACAAAGAACACUGGUGGAUAGAAGCAGAUCCCAUUUUUUGAAUGUUCAGCCAUGGCAGCUCCACUCUUUCCUGAAAAAUGCCCACUUUAAUAAUGGAGCUGGACAUGAAUUCUUCUUUCAGAAUGGAGAAAUAUCUGCUGGAUAUGAUAUCAUCAACUGGGUUACUUUCUCUAAUCAGUCCUUCCACAAAGUCUGGGUUGGAAAAAUAUCACCAAGGGAAGAGUGCAUCAUUAAUGGGGAUAUCAUUCUGUGGAACAGCAGAUUUAAGCAGAUGCAGAUCAUUGUCUCAAGUGCCCAGAAGACCAAUAUCCAAGCAAGAACCAUGACCAAUGUAUCUCCAAGCUUCAAACCUUCCUGA